AUGGCUUUGGAACAGAGCAAUUGGGUUAAGCUGGAGCAGAAAGGUACUGGACCAGGAUCAAGAAGCUCACAUGCUAUAACCCUCAUAGGUGAAAAGGUUUAUGCAUUUGGUGGGGAGUUCACACCUCGUCUCCCUGUGGAUAACAACUUAUAUGUGUAUGAUCUCAAUGACCAGACAUGGUCGAUUGCUGAUGCAACCGGGGAAAUUCCUCCUCCUCGUGUUGGUGUUACAAUGGCAUCAGUUGCAGAGACAAUAUAUGUUUUUGGUGGAAGAGAUGGUACACACAAGGAGCUUAAUGAACUCUACAGUUUUGACACGGUUAUGAACAAGUGGACCCUACUCUCGAGUAGCGAGAUUGGGCCUCCUCACCGCAGUUUCCAUUCAAUGACCUCAGAUGACUGGCGAAUAUAUGUCUUUGGCGGCUGUGGGGAUGCUGGACGGCUUAAUGAUCUAUGGGCUUAUGAUGUUCCUCAUGGAAAAUGGAUCAGUUUGCCUAUGCCAGGGGAAAAUUGUAAGCCUAGAGGUGGACCUGGACUAGUUGCAGUUCUCGGUAAAAUUUGGGUCGUAUAUGGUUUCUCUGGAGUGGAGCUUGAUGAUGUACAUUACUUCAAUCCAAAUGAAGAGAAGUGGGUUGAUGUCGAGACUAGUGGAGAAAAGCCAACACCUCGAAGUGUAUUUUCAACGUUUGCAGUCGGUAAGUAUAUAUUUAUAUAUGGUGGAGAGAUUGAUCCAAGUGAUUUAGGCCACCUUGGUGCCGGAAAAUUUUCCGAUGAAGUCUAUGCACUUGAUACUGAGACGCUAGUGUGGAAAAGAUGGGGAAAUGUCUCGGCUGCUGAUUACCAUCCAGGGCCACGAGGAUGGUGCGCAUUUGCAGGUGGGCAACGAAAUGGCCAAGAGGGAUUAUUGGUGUAUGGUGGGAAUUCUCCUAGUAAUGAUCGACUGGGUGAUAUUUUCUUCUUCACUCCUUCCUUUGAUGUGAAUGGAAAAUGA